GAAAAAUUAUUCGAACGUACUUCUACAAGGACAAGGUAGACUGCAUUAAAGUAAUAAAAACAUCACCAUCAUGUGUUGAUUUGUUGGUUAUUUAAUAGCUGCUCAUUAAAGAAACCUCUAGAACAUUACUCAUCCACAACACCAACGUUCCAAGUUGUGUUUUUUUUAUCUACACGCAGGUACUCAUCAAAAUGAGUUGCAAAAAAAAAAAACAGGUUCUAAUCUAUGCCGACCUUGUCAGUAAAAGCUAUAACUACGCCAUCGCGUUCGCAGGCUCGAAAUUACGUAGGUGCAUUCAUCGAUUAUUACCUGAAAUACAAACACUGCGUCCGGUAGCAUAAUUAAAAAUAAAAAUGGUGAACUACUGUAAAAGCAAGAAGUCUUUGGUUGGCAAGACUGCAAUUAUCACGGGCGCGAACACAGGCAUCGGUUAUGAAACGGCCUUAGAAUUCGCAAAACGCGGCUGCCGCGUAAUAAUGGCGUGCCGCAACCAGGAAAAAGCAAACGCGGCCAGAGAAAAAAUCGUGCAAGCAACCGGCAACGAAAACAUCGUCGUCAAAUCAAUCAACUUAGACUCCCUCGCGUCCGUGCGAGACUUCGCCAAAUACAUCAACGAAACCGAAGACCGCUUGGACUUACUCAUCAACAACGCCGGAGCAGCUCAACUCCCGGACAAAACCACUGAAGACGGCCUCCAGUUAGAAAUGGCCUGUAAUUAUUUCGCCCCGUUUCUUCUAACAAUCCUACUUUUGGAUCUGUUAAAGAAGUCCGCACCUAGCAGAAUCGUCAAUGUUUCCUCCGCCGCUGCGAAGAUGAUCCACAACUUAAAUCUCGAAGAACUUAAUAAAUACGGGGGUUGGAUGUUGUAUUGCAGGACGAAACUUUGUCAGAUUUACUUCACUCAAGAGCUCGCGAAGAGGCUGGAAGGGACUAAUGUUACCACGUAUUCGUUGCACCCGGGGGCCAUCAAUUCGGAGUUUUAUAAGGGUUCGGCCAUCGGGAGCUGGGUAGGUUCGAAGGUGUUCAAGACGUCUGAAGAAGGUGCCCAGACUAGCAUAUAUUUGGCACUGGAGGACGGAAUUGAGGAGCACAAUGGAGAGCAUUUUGAAGACUGCAAAAGGGUUAAACCUUACUGUGGGGCUAAGGACGAUGAGAAGAGGAAGAAAUUGUGGGAAAUCAGCGAAGAAAUGGUCGGACUACGACAGAAAUAGUUUUUAAUCAAAAAAUUUAUAUUUUUGUAAAACUAGCCUCCACACGAGGAUGAAUAGGAAAGCACUGUAUAGAAA